AAAAUCUUAAAAAUUAUUUAAACUUUUUAUUAAAGUUAUUUUUGAAAUGUCAUGUUUUACCUUAAAAAAAUCAUUAUUACUGGGAGUUUUUGUUAUAUUUUUAUGUUUUUUUGACAAGUUUUGUCUACCAAAGUUAUUUAUAUUUUCACCAGAAAGACUUCAAGAACUUUCAGUAGAAGCAAUUAAAAAACAUAAAAAUGAUACGUUAGGUUUAAUGAAUGAAUUGGCAAAGAAUAUUAAAAAAGAAUAUGGAAAUGCAGUUCUUCCUUUAGAUCAUAGUAAAUGGUUUUUUAACAAUGCGGGAAAUGCUAUGGGUGCUAUGAUUAUUCUUCAUAUGUCUUUUUCGGAAUAUUUAAUUUUUUUUGGUACAGCUAUAGGAACAGAUGGACAUUCAGGUGUUCAUUUUUCGAAUGAUUAUUUCACUAUACUAAGAGGAGAACAAAAGGUUUUUGCACCAGGCGAGCUAAAACCAACAAUCUAUAAACCAGGAAUGCAAACAUAUUUACCACGUGGGAAAAAAAUUCAUUAUUCUAUGAUAGGCGAGUCCUGGGCUUUAGAAUUAGCACAAGGAUGGAUACCGUCUAUGCUUCCAUUUGGGCUUAUAGAAACAUUUUUUACCACACUAGAUUUUAGUACCUUUUGGUCUAGUAUUCGUUAUGCUUCAGAAGCUAUGUUCAAAAGUUUUAUAAAUGGCAAGUUUUAAUUAAACACGAUUUGCUAUUUUUAUAUUUAUGCAAUAAACCUUAA